AAAUGGAACUGCUAGCUGUACUUAAAGGAGUAGGCCUGGCUAACUAUUCCUAUUUGUAGCUGAUCAAUCCUGCCAUUGCAACACAAAGCGUAUCAUUAAGUCUAGAACAUUUUGCUUUUUUCUAUCAAAAGAUGAUUCAUUUUCAGAUAAUUUAUCAAAUGGAACUAGAGCUUUAAGGCUGAUUCAGAGUACUACAUGUGAACUAGUCAUUACAGUUUUAGGAAAAAGAUGUAAAGUUGGCUCUUGUAUACUUCCUGCUACCCAGUGCAGUUCCAUAAAGUUCCAAAUUUUGUCUCCAUUGACAACAUCAUCACACUGAUAUUGGUGUUAUGAAUAGCAUUUGAAAAGCCUUGGAAUGUUACCUUUUCUAUUUUCAGGACUUUUUAUGUAAUCAUAGUUAACCAUAUUUAUGAAUUCUAUUGUUGCUCAGAUUUCCAAUGUUUAUGCUGUCCUUUCUAUUGAUGCACAACUAUUAAAUGUGUAGGAAUCAUAAUGGAGCCAUAAGCUUGAUAAUAUUUAAUUAUUUUUACUUUAUCCCUGAAUAAACUUAUUUUUUUCAAAUAACCUGAUUUAAUGUUAUUUCCUGUUUGUUAGAUGAUGCAGGUGACAUUCCUCCAGAGUUCAGAAGUGCUGGUCUCAUCGCGCAAAUGGAUAUACCUAAAGGCAAGGUGUUUGGGCCCUUUGCAGGAGUUAUCAGUGAGCAAAAGGCAUCUCCCUCAACAAUGCAUACCUUUAUCUGCAAGGUGAAAGAUUCUAGUACACUUGGAUUCAAAUACUUUCAUGCCAAUAAAAAUGAAAAGAAAAAAUGUGAUUGGCUGAAGAUGAUCCAACCUCCAUUUGGUAGUAAAUCUAAUAACAUUGUUGUCUAUGGCAAUAAUGAUGGUGUGCACUACAAAGCUAUUGAGGACAUUGCCAUCGGGGAAGAAUUGCUGGCAUUGUGUGAAGAUCACCAACCAGGUUCAAUCCGAAAAUGGGCAGUUUCUUCUCGCAAAAAACGACCAUCGGUUAUAGUUUUGAAAAAAACGGGCGGUGAUGAAGCCUUGGGCCUAAGUGAAUCAGUCCAAGUGGAAACUCAAAAGCGAGAAAGAAGUAGGAAGAGAACACCUAGGAGGAUCUCAAAGCGCUUGGCAAUUCAAGAGAAAAACAGCGACAACAGUAACUCAGAGCAGGUUGAACACUGUUCAAGCACAUCACCUUCAUAUGAUGCUAAACAGCCAGUCGAUUCCAACAUCAGUUUGGAGAGUCCCACUCCUGCGAAAAGAAAAAGAACAGCAAAGUUUACUUCGUUCGAAGACAAAUCUAGCCCACAAGAUGAAACAAACAAUAAUUUGUGUCAAGAUCAUGAUGAGUUAUUUGACGAUUGCACAGCCAAGUCUAGUACUGAAAAUACAGAGCGCAUGGAUUCUAAAGACGUUGCAAAUCACACUGGAAACAGUAAUUGUGUGGAAGAAAGUGAUCUAAAAUGCGCAGAGUGUAACAUUUCGUUCAAGCAGCAAAAGUACCUCAAAAGGCACAGAACUAAAUUUCACACAGAACGCAGGUGUCAACAAUGCGAGUCGGUGUUUUUAAAUUUAGCUGAUUUGAAAAAACAUGUUCGCGAGGAGCACGCAGGAAAAGAUGACUUGCAUGCUGCUUGUCAUAUUUGCAAUAAAAUAUUUUCAAAGAGCUAUUUGCCGGGCCACAUCAAAUCACACGAUAAUGCUUAUAAAUGCAAAAUAUGUCAGAAAACGUUCUCUUGUGGCAGCAAUUUGAGAAAGCAUCUGCAGAAACACAAGCCUGGUUACCAUCCGAAGAAAAAAGGCGUGAUUGUGACGAGAAAGAAAUGUGAUACAUGUGGCAAAAUGCUGAAUGGAAACCAAGCCCUCAAAGCACACAUGCGCCUGCAUACUGGAGAACGUCCAUUCAAAUGUGACAAGUGUGACUGGGCAUUUGUGCAGAGGACUCACUUACGCCGACACAAAAUGGUAAAGCAUGGUGACGGCAAACAGCUCGGUAAGCAUCAGUGUGACCAGUGCCAAAGAUGGUACUCCAACAAAUCAGUGUUGGAAAUGCAUGUGAUCACGAUUCACCAGGGCCUAAGGCCUUUCAAAUGCAACAUGUGUAAAGAUACUUUCAACAUACAAGGCCUUCUUCUGCGUCACCAAAGAGAGCUACAUCAAAUGGAUGUAGAUUUACCUGAAGAUCAACGAAAAUACCUUUGCAAAGAAGAUGGAUGUGGAAAAAAGUUCAGCUUGCAGUCCGACCUUAAUAAGCACAUAUUUGAACACACUGGUGUACAUCCGCAUCAAUGCAAGGAGUGCAAUAGCUAUUUUUCAAGCUCAGGAAAUCUGGGAAAGCACGUACGUAGGAUACACCGGGGUGUGAAGAUAUCAGAGAGCAAAGCAGACAGCUCCGAUGAAAGAUUUAAAUGCACGUUGUGUGAAAAGGUAUUUAGUAACGCAGCCAGCUUGCGAGAACAUGGCAGGAUCCAUACUGGCGAGAGGAUCAAAUGUUCAAAAUGCUCUUCAACAUUUGUCCAAAGAUCAGGACUCCGAAAACAUUUAAGGUGCCUUCGUUGCCCUGGCUUGAAAAAGGAGAUGGAAGACAGAGGUGAAGAUGCUAAGCCAAAAAUUUAUAAGCGCUCCCGUACGUGGAAAUGCAAUGAAUGUGACAAAUUCUUCUUAGGUCCAAGUGAUCUGAAGGCUCAUAGCCGUGUUCACUCUGGGGAAAGGCCGUUCACGUGCUCAAUAUGCGGCAAGAGCUUCACACAGCCGGGCAAUCUAACAAAGCACGAAAAGUAUGUUCAUGGUGGUGAAAAGCGCCCAAAGGAAAUCAAAAGGGAAAAGAGAUACUCCUGUAGCUUGUGCUGCAAGUCGUUUUCCUCUCCUGGUGACUUAUCAAUGCAUUGCCGCACACAUACCGGAGUCAAGCCCUUUGAAUGUACGCAUUGUGGAAUGGCGUUUACUCAAAGGGGUAACCUGAAAAAGCAUGUUUUCCGUUGGCAUACUAUGAACGCAUUAAAGUCACACCGGAAGCCAUCAAAUCAUGAAGGGCAGGAAGAGAGAGUUGUAAUUAAAGGACUCGAGUCCAGCUCCAUGUCUACAAGCAAUGCCUCUACGACUUGCUCUGUCGUGCUCCCGCCUUCGUUCAUUACCAACAAUAAGGAAGUCCUAGUCACUAAUGUUCCAAUCGCCAUGGCAGCCAUGCUCAAGCAAAAAGCAACUGAAGUAGCAAAGUCUAGUCAACCCUCUUCAUUUUCGGUGACGUCACUAAUCCAGUGCCUCACUGCCACACAAAAAGCCAUUUCUUCCGCAUCUACAUCAGUUGUAGAGUCUUCAGAAAGUACCCCCAGACCCAUCAUGAAACAGAUCAAGGCAACGAGCCAGGCGACUUCAAAAGCAAUGUCUCCUCCAACUACACCAGUUACAACGCCCCAAAAUGAACUGAUCAAACUUCCGGAUUUCAGAGCCUCAAAGGCAACUUUAACAUCAAACAGUAUGCCAGCAGUCAGUAAUUUUAUGAAAUUGACUGAUCCCCAGUCAGUUUCAUGUUCACCAGUAUACCAGUUGGAUUUGGUCAAAAAUUUCCUUCCUACUAAACUGCAAGCGCCUGUUGAUGCAAAACAUAGUAAUCCGAUGUUCACUGAGCCUCAGGCAUCAUCAACAAGUACCAUUUCCACUAAGGAAAUUCAGAGAGUGCAUGAUUUCUUGACAGACUCGAACCUUUUAGAUAUUGGAAUUCAAAAGUCUUCGGCGGGAAGCCACGCUCAUACACAAUCACUCAACUUUAAUGGCGAUUUCACAGGUCAAGUCAGGGGAAUGGAAUUCGCACAAACUGAUUUAGGAAGCCCUCGGUUUAGAUUUUCGGGGAGAAGCACUUUUGCUAGGAUGCAGCCAGAAUCGCCGAAAGGUCUUCAUUUGCCUUUCGACAGUCAACAGCUUGCAGCUGGAAGCUUUCUAGCUUCUCAGCGACUGACGCACCCGGAUAUCCAAAGACAAGCUCGCGUGGCCAGAAGAGAAGCAUUUCCUAAUGUCAUGGACACGCAAAGCGAGUUUUCGAUUGCUAGCAGCCACUCUUCUCUGCAUCAUAAUUUUGCCAAUGUGAGUUUACCACAACCGCUGCCAGGGGUUGGCAACUACUUCCAUCCACCAGGGAAAGUUCUGACUCCCCCUUGGGAUCCAACAAACAUCAGGGACACUGGAAUGCAUGUUAGUGGUAGUCAGAUGCCUGGGAUGCUGGUGCAGAAGUCCUUUCAGAUAAUUGGUAAUGGCUCAUCUGAUGUGCGAAAAUAAUGAACAACAGAAAUCAAUACUAUUUUCAUUUAGACGUAUUUUAAGGCGCAUAGUUGUAGCUUCUUGUUUUAGCCUCAAGUAUUUUAAUAAAAAAGUGUUUGAUUUGCAAAUUUGUAUGCUGAGAUAUUUCUUUGUAGAUAUUUUCUGUAUGAUUUAUUUUCAAAAUUUUAAACGCACCUCAUUCACAUAAUCAUAUUUAAUGUAACUAAUUUUCUUUAAGGUUCUCAAGAUUUCAUAUUUCACAUUGAUUUAUUAUAACAUGGUGGUAUAACAUUCAUUAUUAUAUUCUUAUUUAUGUUGACUUUAUUGCCAUUUCACCGUUUCAAAACCUGGGUAUUUUAUCGGCAGGUCAGCUAGGAGCCUACGUAGCCAACAAACCCAACAAAUAUAGCUGAAGUGUGAUAUAUUUCCGCUUAGCAUUGAUCAAUGUCUUCUCUUUAAUGCAACCCCAGCCUAAUACAACCCAAGUUUAAAAUGAAAGUGAAGGGGAAGAUUUAAAAGGUAUUUAUCAUCAUCCAUCUAUAUCACCAUUACGUGCCUGUAUUUGAAUUUUUUAAACGUCGCAUCCUCCACGCAUGAUUAUGGAAUAAUUUAGUUUUGCUGUU